CGCUGCGCUGCCUGCGCUCAGGGCUCGGGAGGGGGCCGCGGAGGAGCGGUCCCCCGCGCCCGGCCCCCGCCCGGCGCGCCCGGGCCCGCGCCAUGGGGCUUUGGCUGCCGCCGCCCCCAGCGCCACCGGGCUAGGGCGAUGCGGGCGCCCCCGGCGCGCGGCCCCCGCGGGCACCAUGAGCCCUCUGCUCCGCCGCCUGCUGCUCGCUGCGCUCCUGCAGCUGGCCCCCGCCCAGGGCCCUGUGUCCCAGCCUGAUGCCCUCGGCCACCAGAAGAAAGUGGUGUCCUGGAUAGAUGUGUAUACCCGUGCCACCUGCCAGCCGCGGGAGGUGGUGGUGCCCCUGACCGUGGAGCUCAUGGGCACCAUGGCCAAGCAACUGGUGCCCAGCUGUGUGACCGUGCAGCGCUGCGGCGGCUGCUGCCCUGACGACGGCCUGGAGUGCGUGCCCACUGGGCAGCACCAAGUCCGAAUGCAGAUCCUCAUGAUCCGUUACCCGAGCAGUCAGCUGGGCGAGAUGUCCCUGGAAGAACACAGCCAAUGUGAAUGCAGACCAAAAAAGAGAGAGAGUGCUCUGAAGCCAGACAGGGCUUCCACUCCCCACCACCGCCCCCAGCCCCGCUCCAUUCCGGGCUGGGACUCUGCCCCUGGAGCACCCUCCCCAGCUGACAUCACCCAUCCCACUCCAGCCCCAGGCCCCACUGCCCACGCUGCACCCAGCGCCGCCAGCGCCCUGACCCCAGGACCUGCCGCUGUCGCUGCCGACGCCGCAGCUUCCUCCGUUGCCAAGGGCGGGGCCUAGAGCUCAACCCAGACACCUGCAGGUGCCGAAAGCUGCGAAGGUGACACGUUGCUUUUCAGACUCAGCCACUUGCCCUCACCGGCCACCCCCCGCCCCCAGAGGGGGACAAGAGGGCAGUAUGUUGAGAAGAGCCCAGUCGCAAGAUCUCCAUGUAGGCAGAAGCUGCUCCAGGCCCUGGGCCUCUCAGAGGACUUCCCAGCUGUCCCAGGUCUCUCCAAGGCUGCCAUCCAACAGGGUGGACAGCUGGGCAAGGAGAGGUGCAGGCAGCACCAGGGGUCCCGGACUAACUCGAGAGAGAAGGGGUCCCGUCUCAGUGUGCGACCACCAUGUAUGAGUGAGCGUCUUACAGCUGGCUCCAUCCCCUCCCUAAGAAGACACCGAUCCUCCGCACAUACUGGGAAUUGGGCUUUGGUGUGAGAACUGUGACCCCCAAGCCUGAUAAAAGAGAUGGAAGGAGCUA